GGUGUUAGCAACUGCGACUGCAACAUUCAAGACCUCAUAAACGUUACCAAUGGAAUAUAUGAGGUCACGACCAGUGAUUCAGGAUGUUGGGCCUCCUACCAGUGUAACUCUGGGUAUACUGGACAGGACAUACAUAUCACAAGUGGAAAGGACAUUGAGAUAAUGUGUACUAACGGAAGGUGGUCAGGGGAACCCCCUAUGUGUGAAGCCAUAGAUUUACUUAUCCCAUACACUGGCGACUACUUUGACAUGAUAUUGAGACGACGGAGGAAUGGCUACAACGUAAAACACACGAUUGCACCUUUUAAAGGAGAACCAAUGAGGCUAUUUAUUUACGAUAAUGGAGCAGUGUCAUUUGGUAACAGGCUAGGAAGAGGCUCUUUUAGCAUACGUGCAACAGGAAAAUUGUCAUUCGAAAAUGUAGAAGUUCAUUUCUUUGUAAACCCAAGCGACAGACAGUUGUCUAUCAGGAGAGACCAGAUUUUGAACCUCUUAAAAAGCAACGAGACAGAAGGUGUGGAUAGAUUUAACCCCAAGGACAUGGUGGUCGUCACGUGGACCAAUGUUCUACUGAAUACCUGCAAUAAGCCCAUCAGAUUCCAGAUUGCCCUGGUGUCAGGUGACUUAUCAGGGAAUGAGAAAACGUAUGCACUGCUGAUAGAUAAUCUAGGGGAAGGCUGUGAUGACGGUGAGAUUCAAUAUACCAUCGAUGAUGGAAAUGACAUAACAAUUACAUUGGAAGGAAAUGCUUUCCAUGUACAUGAAUUUCCAUGACCACAACAGUGGUAUAGAGUUGCAUCCUGGUUUUAAACAAGAAUUAGGGACUUUUAUAUACUAGCUUUGUAAAACAUGUUCAUUGUAUGUAAACUCAAAUAUUGAAAUGCAUUUCUAUACAAUACGAGCAACAACCAGAGGCACUUGUUAAUAUGAAACACAGCACAAUAAACCACGACAAAAUACAAUCACAACCCAAAAUGUAUUAUGCCAACACGUGGGGUUCUGUUUGAAGCAUCUCUAUGUACAAUAACACCUGAUGCAAUAAUAGUGACAAUGUGUGCAUAAUAAUAUGCAGAUAAAGGUAUUAAUGGGCAGUUGGUGAAGUCAGUCAUCUUCUAAGCCACUGAACUUGUUGGUGAGUUCGAGGCCAGGCACUCGAUAGUUGGCGUCUGAUGCACGAGAUGUCUUUGGUCCCUGAGCUUCCUUGAAAUCCUCUCCUUUCUCUGUGGAACUAC